CUGGACGCGACGGGGAGACCGUCACCGGUCCCCCUGAACACGGGGAGACCGAUUAUGACGAGCAGCCUGAACUCAGAUUAGUACCGUAUCGUUGAUUGCAAGUCUUGCAUUCAUAAAAGUAGCCCAAGAAAUAAUAAAUUAUCCAUUAUAACCAUGCUUAAGCUAGCUCGUAGCUAGCGUUAGCUCGUAGCUAGCGCUAGCUACGAGCUACUAGCGUGACAGUCUGCUAUCAGAUGUGUUGAUGUCCAGCGGUCCCGGCUGUAUACCCGGUGUUACCGGGAAUAUAAUGACGGAGGAAUAAAGACCAUCAGGCGUCACUUUGUUUCAGUGUAACUCUCGCUGUCAGAAGCAAAACUUUAUUUGUCACGAGUCAUCUUCAGUCCCUCUGAUUGGUUGUUCUCUUUGCCUAUCAACACAGUGACAGGAUUAACCCUAUAAAGUCUGCACAUGACAAUACAUAUCACAUAUAAUGGAGAACAUAUAUUGUGUAUGUUAACAGUCUGAUAUCCGUUGUUUGUCAGUGCUCCAUGAUAACGGCUUCUACAGGGAAUAUGGCCGAAGAGGUUUUUAAUGUCCUCAUUGUGCGUUUAAAAAAAAAGUAUCGGUUCAGGCACCGUUUAGGCACCGGUAUCGUUUUAAAAGUACCGGUUUAGCACCGGUAUCGGAAAAAACCCAAACGAUACCCAUCCCUACUGCUGAGGCCUAAUUCCCUCCCACUUGUCUCAUUUCUCCUGUCUCCUUGCCGUGGCUCUGAUCACCUGUCCGGUCUUACUGUGGUACUUCUUCUUUCUGCUCUCGCCGUGUUUUCAUGGCUGCCACCUGAAUCUGUGCCGGCCUCUGGGAACAUUUGUCUCUACUUCCUGUUUCUGGCUGUUUCUCACCCUCCUGAAUGUGAAAAGGGGGAAACGCGCUCGUCGAUGUCCAACGGGCCGUCGACCGCUUUCGGUCUAAUUCUGCGUUCCAUUGUCUCGUGACUUAAGACUUCCUUCAUCAUUCAUCACCGCUGAGAUCCGCUUGUCGAAAUGUGUGCGCUGAUUUUUAAAAGCGUCCUUACGGGUGUCAUAACGCCACUUCUGACAGCCGGAAGAUUCACGUGCCGAGACGACCGAGGUUUUUAAACACAGUUCCUUCAUGUAUAUUGAGAUCUUAAGAGUUUUAAUGCGCUCGUCUAAAUGAGUCCUGAUUUCAAAAGUGUCUCAAAGUGAGACGCCAGCUGAUCUCUUGUAAUUGCUGUACGUGGGUAACCUGUCGUCUGUAUUGCUCUCCUCAGAGCCGCGCACUUUGCCAUGAGCCCCAGCUCGUGGUGAACGCCCCCCCGACCCUCCUCUCCAUGCACCGCUUUCCCCUCCACGUCGCCCCUAUGGACCCCCAGGUGUGCCCGCCCCCGCUGAACAGCAGCCAGUCCAUCACCAGCAUCCUGGACCGAUCCCCGGCCAGCACGUUCAAACCUGGCCACUCGCGGAACGGCAGCACCGGCUCCUCCAAGCAGUCCAAGCAGUUUUGUUUUGUCCCGCUCCCUCUGCGCCAGUCGCGCCACUGGGAGGUGAUGGACGACCUGCAGCAGCGCGACAUGGACUCUGUGCCCGGCUCCUCUCUGGACCUCAGCAUCCCCGGCAUCUGUGAGGGCUACUUGAUGAAGAAGAGGAAGUACCCGCUCAAAGGCUGGCACAAGAGAUACUUCCUGUUGGAGAAGGGAAUCCUCAAGUACUCGAAGACCCAGCAGGAUAUUCAGAGGGGGAAGCUCCACGGCUCUCUGGACGUCAGCCUGGCCGUCAUGUCCAUCAACAAGAAGACCAAAGGCUUGGACCUGGACGCCGGGGACAACAUCUACCACAUCAAGGCGAAGAGCCACGACAUCUUCUACAUCUGGCUGACGAAGCUGUGCGCACAUCGCGUGUUCCGGAAGAACGAGGCGAUUAGCGUCCAUCACGGCGUCCUUCACGCUCUCUCCAUGAGCCCCAACGCCCAGCCGAGCGCCCAGACCGCCCGGGACACGCCCACUCUCUACGCCAACUCGGCGUACCAUCCAGAGAUGGGAAGCCCCGCCCCCACCUCUAACCCCAGGGUGACCAGCAAGGUGUCGGCGUGGCUGCAGCAGACCCAAGACAUCGACGGCACCGCCAACGACCUGGCUCGCUGCCAGACGGAGCUGACGGAGCUCGCCCUGCUCAUCCAGCGGCUGCACUGGCUGGAGGGAGGCCUGCCCAUCACCAACACGGACCUGGAGAUGAGGAUCAGCAUGCAGAAUCUCUCUCUGGAGAAACCCAAGAAGAAGACGGGCAAAGGCUUCGGUCACUCCCGGACUCUGUCCCGCGUGGAGGCCAUGGGGGGAAUGUUCACGUCCAGCCACCUGAGCACCGACAACGGCACGGGGGCGUCCGUGAAGUCCAUCCCCGACUACGUCUACUCCCAGCUGUCCAACCCGCAGGUCGCCUCGCCGGAGUCCAAGAAGCUGCACCAGGACAUCUGCGCGUCCUCCCAGAGGGUUCACACGUCUCUGAAGUCCAUCCACGAGGUUCUGACCCUGGAGAGGGAGCGACUGAGGCAGGCCUGGACCGGGCCGGACCUGAGGAACAACACGUCACAGCAGCUCGCCACGCUGUGCAACACCAUGACUGAGCUUGACAUACAGUCCCGUCUGACUAAAGUCCAUUCGGUUUCACUGUCCUCUGACUCUACUGAGGAAUCCUUCUGCACCGUCCGUCCUGACCAGAGGACGCCGUCCAUGGGCCGCCAGUGCCACCGCGCGCCCUCCGUGGCGGAGUCCAUGUACUUCGACGCCAGCGAGGUGAUCGUGUGCGAGAGCUCGUCGGAGGCCGAGGCGUCGGACGAGUCGGGCCUGAGCGACGUCACCACCACCAGCAACUCUGAGCCGGACGAGGGACACGCCACUGCCACCCUCAACUACCGCGUCAGCGUGAACAACGUUCCCGAGUCGCCCAGCCCGGUGUCCGCCAGCACCGGCCACCGCACGGUGCUCCCCGCCGCCGCAGCGGACAACAGCCACAUCGGCAUCAUGUCCAUCCUGUACAACAACAUCGGCAAGGACCUGUCCCGGAUCUCCAUGCCGGUGGCCCUCAACGAGCCACUGUCCCUGCUGCAGAGGGUCAGCGAGGAGCUGGAGUACUCGGAGCUGCUGGACGUCGCCAACCUCACGGAGGACCCUUACGAGAGGAUGGUGUACGUGGCCGUGUUCUCCAUCUCCGGCUACGCCUGGGCGUCGUGGAGGAACCACUACAAGCCCUUCAACCCCGUCCUGGGGGAAACGUACGAGAACCUCCGAGAGGACCGCGGCUUCCACUACAUCAGUGAGCAGGUCAGCCAUCACCCGCCCGUCUCCGCCUGCCACGCAGAGUCCGAAAACUUCACCUUCUGGCAAGAUCAGAGAUGGAAGAACAAGUUCUGGGGGAAGUCCAUGGAGAUGCUCUCUUCUGGACUGGUCAACGUCGCCCUGCCCAAGUACGGUGACCACUACGAGUGGAACAAGGUGGUGACGUGUAUCCACAAUGUGCUGAGUCAGGAGCGCUGGCUGGAACACUACGGUGAGGUGAUCAUCAAAAACACAAAGAGCGACGUCUGCACCUGCAAGAUCACCUUCGUCAAGUCUCGCUACUGGACCUCUGACAACGGUAAGAACGAGGUCCAGGGCGUGGUCCUGGACCGGGCUGGAGGGGUGGUCCAUCGCUUCGGAGGCCUCUGGCACGAGGGCAUCUUCUGUGACACGCUGUCCACACCCAAGUGCAUCUGGAAGCCCAACGUGCAGCCCGACGACCACCCCCAGUUCUUCGGCUUCUCCCAGUACGCCAGGGAGCUGAACGAGCUGACCCCCGAGCUGAGGGCCGUGCUCCCGCUCACCGACACUCGCUUCAGGCCGGACCAGAGGCUCCUGGAGGAAGGGAAGGUAGCGGAGGCCGAUAAAAAGAAGGACGAGGUGGAGGAGAAGCAGAGGGAGAGGAGGAAGGAGAUGACCAAGAUGGGGGAGGAGCACACCCCCAGGUUCUUCAGUAAAUCUGUGGACGAGGCCGGCCGAGAGGUGUGGCUGAGCAACGGGACGUACUACCAGCUCCGCAGAGACCAGGGCCUCGCCAACACGGAGACCCUGGACCUGUGGUAGACCGCGACGCUUAAAAAAAAAAAAAAAAACUCUGUAACAUAGUAACCAUGACGACCGGUCCGAGUCUCCCGCAGCGAGGCGGCACGGAUGACCCUCGUGCGGCGGGGCGAGGUGCCACUGGGAACAGAUGAAGACGGAUUUGGAGUGACGCCGGAUGUCCCUCCAGCCUCAAUGGAAAGCUUUUAAAAGACGGUCAGGACCCUGAACGCAACGCUCUGUGUGUAAAGUAUCGUGUAUCUAUAAAUAUAGCUCGGCGGGUUUCAGAUAAUCUUUCUUUCCAGUCAGUUUAACCAUGUCGAUGUUUUUAACGAGGCUCGUUUGUUGUGGAAUGCUACCUGCAGCUCUCUUCCUGUGGAGGGACGGUGGCCCGCCGGGGUCAACCCAGGAGCACGGCGCCGCCCUCGGGGCUCUUUGUGUGAACACGUGGUUCCUCUUCCCUUUUCUUUCUUAUGUUGACACAUUUGGUGAUGCGUUGUUUUCCUACGGCUAGCUGUUAGCCUAGCCUCCUGCCCCGCUCCACCCGUGUGAUUGGUUGAUGUCCCUUAAAGAGCCGGCGCACCUCCGCAGUGAAGCGCUGCUGUUUUUAAUGAGGAGGAGACGCCUAUCGGCCCCAGUGACGGGGUUCUGUUUGUGGAUUUGUUUCAAAUAAAAGGUUCUAGAUCAA